GUUGAGGCUGGGCAGCCCAGGACAGAGCUGAAAAUCCACCAUGGGCCCCACAGUCACUUUCCUGUUCUCCAUUGGGCUGUGUCUGGACUGGGCGCUGAGGGCACAAAUGGACACCCUUCCCAGGCCCACCCUCUGGGCCAUCCCGAGUCCUGUGGUCCCCCGGGGAGCAGAUGUGACCCUCAGGUGCUAGGGCCACCUGGGGAGUGACCGAUUCCAGCUCUGGAAGGAUGGAGAGCUCAGAGAUGAGAGAAAUGCAUCCUGGCAGCAGGCAGAGUUCGUGCUCAGGAAUGUGGAUGACUGGAGAGAUGCGAGAAGCUACAGCUGCCGCUCUGGGCAGGGGCCCUGGUGGUCAGAGCUCAGUGAAGCCCUGGCCCUGGUGGUGACAGGAGCCCUCCCCGAACCCUCCAUUUCAGUCUCACCUAGAUCUGUAACAUCCCCAGGGACAACAGUGACCAUCUGGUGCCAAAUAUCACCACAGGCACCCUCUCAGGACUACAGUUUUGCUCUGCUGGACACAAUGAGCCUGGAACCCUUCCAGCGACAGAGCCCUGCAGGGACCCAGGCUAAUUUCUCAUUUCUGUCCGUGAGGCCCGAGGAUACUGGGAGCUACAGCUGUAUUUACUACAAGAAGACAGCCCCCCACAGGGGGUCACACCCCAGACUACUCCCCAAGCCCACCCUCUGGGCCAAACAUGGCCUCGUGGUGACCCCGGGGGCCAACAUUACUCUCUGGUGCUCAAGGCCCAAGCUGUCUUCCCUUGGAGAGGUGACUUUCACUCUGUGGAAGACUGGGACCCUGUGGCUCUUACAGCAGCAGGCCUCAGCAGAUCUCUGGACUAGCUUCCUGCUCCUAUCUGUGAGACCUGAGGACACUGGGAGCUACAGCUGUACCUACAGGGGAAGGACAAUGUUUACUAUAGGAUCAAAGACCAGUGAUGCCCUGGAGUUGGUGGUGCCAGAUGUACUCCCCAAGCCUUCCAUCUCAGCCUUGCCUGGCCCAGAGGUGGCCUCAGGAGCCAAUGUGACCCUCCUCUGCUGGGGACCCUCAUGGACUACUAGGAUUGUUCUGUACAAGAAAGGACAUGAAAACAUCUUGCAGAGCAUGGAUACCACUCAAGAUGGAGCCAAGUUCUUCCUGACUCAUGUGACUCCCAAGGAUUCUGGAAACUACACCUGUGGGUACCAGCUUCUCACCAAUGGAAGUCUCUGGACACAACACAGUGACCCCCUGCAUCUGAGAGUGACAGGUUCAGAGUCCAGUAACACCUUCAUUAUCACCCUCAGCUGUGUUCCCUUCCUUCUCUGCCUUCUCUUGCUGGCAAUGCUCUGCAGAGGAUCCGUCCCUAUAGGGUCUUUACAAGGAGAAAACCCUAGGAGGUGUCUUUGUGGUCCUUGUCUUUCUUGGAGUACCUGCCUGCCCCAUCAUCCUGAGGCCCCCAGAGAGGAGAUCCUGUAUACAGAAAUGGCCAAGAAGAGAACAAGGGACCCUUUGUUCCCCAUGGCUGAAGACCCCCAGGGAAUAACUUACGCUCAGCUGAACAUAAGAACCUUGAAUGAGAGGAAAACUGACCACACAAAGACACCAACAGAGCCCACCAUCUAUUCCUCUGUGCCCAGGGACUGAGGAUUUGGGCACCUUUCACAGAAAAAAUUCUCUCCCAUCCUCUCCUCUUCCAUCUUCUCUUCUUCUAUCUCUUCUCCUGUCUCUCACCCCAAUUUCUUCUUUUUUUCCAGUACAUCUUCCCCAGGUUUCCAUCACUGAGGAGCCAUGAUGCCUAUUUGGGUUUCCAUUUCUAGAUUUGUGCAAAGUAACUGCACCCAUCUAUGAUAAUGAGAAACAAACAAGAUAGAUACAAAGUAAAAAGGAGACAACCAUCUCAAAGGGGAAGUCACUAGCAGAGGUGAGGACCAGAAAAGACCUUCUGAACUAGUCUGCAUUGGAGCUAAAUUUUAAAGGAAUCCAAGCAAACUGAAAGGCAGAUUGGAGGAAAGAUAACAUUCCAGGCAUAAGGGGUAGUUGUGGUGGUUUCUGGAUAUCUCAACCCACAAACACCAAAGACAACUUAGAAGGUCAGUAGGAAAGGUCUGUGACCAUGGUGAGAGAGAAGCUUGGUCCUAGCCCCAGUCCCAUUGCAGCCCGGUGGACUGGCUGCUUCUGGAGCAUUGGCCCACAGACAGAAGGGGAAAUCAAGUGGCUGAUCAGAGGAGGAUUGCAGGGAUCUCUUUGCUGGUGCUGU